AUGUUUAGUAACAGUAUUCCUAACCUUCUCGCCUAUUGUCUCACCCUUUAUUUGUCCGUUGUGAGCGCGCAAAUUGCGACUUUAGACCAGUUCUUCAAUAGAACGACCUUCCCAAACGGAAAAGCCGAGAACGUUACCAUAUACCUGAACGAAGCCGUUGAUCUCGCCAAGACCUGGUCUCUCUAUCAGUACUUCCAGGAUUUCUGCAUCACUCAGCAGGUGUACCCUUCACUAUUCCGAUUUCCCGCCGGGUUUGUCGAGCCGUUCUCACCAUUUGACCGGCUCAACUUUGUCGGUCACAACUUCGUGUCUGCCUGGGCAUAUGAUACCGGCGACGGUAUCGUUCUGAUCGAUGCUCUCGACAAGCCGGAAGAAAUCAAUGCCAUACUGAUCCCCGGCCUUCAGAAGUUCGGCUUCAAGAGGUCUGAUAUCAAACACUGCAUUAUCACCCGUGAGCAUGUCGACCAUGACGGUGGCGCCAAAUAUCUCAAAGACACCUUUAACACCACACUUUGGGCUUCCGAGGCUGCCUAG